AUGCUGACGCGCACUUCAGGUAUUACUGCUGAACGUGACAUUGGAUCAAGUCAGGACUUUGGAGAUCGUGUGCAAAGUCUUUUCGAGCGACGAUCUCUACAGUCCACCGAAAACCGGCCACCAUCCACCAAGUCUCCACGUGCAGCAUUGUUCCCAGAAAAAAGGCCGCCGAUCAGCCUCCGCAAGGUAUUUGUGAACGAUGAGAACUCUCCGGUGCUUCCUUCGGAAGAGCAAGCAUUCGAAUUGCUCGAGGCGAUCAUGCUUUAUUUUUAUGAGCCCCAGCAUUUAUUUGAUGCACGGGAUGUGUCCGAUCGCAUUUCGGGGCUGUGUGAGAAUGAACAGGAGCAGCUUCAAACGCCAAAUAUAUGGACACUACAGACUUGCCUGGUCUUCGCGGUGGGAAGAUUGUUAAGAGGGGAGUCAGAUGUUGCGGGAAAACCACCGGGCUCGUCAUUCUUCAAUUUCGUUGAACGGAACCUUCCAAGCCCGAGUGAACUACGGAGACAAGGAUUGGCGGGUAUAGAGGUCCUGGUAUUGAUGGUCAUUUACCUGCAAAACAUCGAUCAAAAAGACGAUGCCUCUAUCUAUGUUGGACUUGCAUUUCGACUAGCUAUUAUGCAUGGCCUUCAUCGGAAGCAAACCACGCAGAGACUCCGACGAUCAGAAGCUACGAACGCGAAUCGUCUGUGGUGGACGAUUCAGAUGCUCGAGAAACGACUGAUGAUUGCGACCGGAUCCCCGGUAAUUUUGGAUGACACAUUCAGUGAUGCAUUGCCUCCAAGCGACUCACCGGGGUUUCCAAGCCCUUCUUCAAUGCAGAUAAACAUCCAAAUCGCCCAAAUACAGGGCAGGAUUUACUCAGUGAUCUACAGCAACGAGUCACGCGCAAAGGAAAUAUUUCUUGCAGAUGUCCAGGAAAUCAUUUCUGCCCUAACUCGAUUGGCGCAUCAAAUCUCCCAUACAUCUUCACUCGGAGCUUCCGUUCUUGGUCACCAGUCAUCGAGGAGAGAGCAACGGACCAGCAUAUCGCUUUAUACUGUUCUCUACACUACCAUAAUGCUUACCUUACGGCCAGUCAUGCUUCAUCUCACAAAAUCGAUUCUCAAUGGUGAAACGACCUUCGCGCAAACAACAAAGGACUUCCAACAACUAUCAUGCACGUGCAUAGAGGCAGCCCGGAGAAGCCUCGAGCUUAUGAUAGUUUCACGUAAAGAAGACAUGAUGGCAAAAUUCGGUUUCUUCGAUCUCGACACAAUCUUCUCCGCUGGCUUUAUCAUGCUGCUGGCCGCAAUUAUCGAAUCGGCAAAUAACGAAGACCAACAAAUUCCUCUAUUUAGACCUAGUCCAGGAAUAUCCGAAGCAAUCCAAUUACUAGAUUACCUUGGAAGCUUCAACAAUCAAGCUGCUAUCCAGCGACGAGACCAGAUUCAAAAAUUAUACGACCGCAUUCCGUCGCUCAUGAGUCAAUCACGCUUCUCGGAGGGGCCUACCUCUAAUGAUGGAUCUCUCCAAAUGAGACUAUCUGCACAAACUCUAUCAGGUCCGAUAUACUCGGUGGGAAAUAGCACCGACGAGAGCCAAGUUACCCAAACCUUCGAUUUCAUGGGCAAUGCAGGCAUGGAAGGCUGUACUGUAGGCUCCUUGCCUAUUGAAUUUCCAGAUGAUCCCCAAGCAAUGUAUUCAUUAUAUCAUCCGGAAGAUUUUACUUUAACGGGAGGGGAUAUUGCCGAUUUCGAAGAGCUGCAACGUCAUUUAUUCGGAAAUGAUGGCUAA